UUACGUUCUGGUAGGCGGAGUGAGAAGAGGGGUGGGUGGAGGACGUGCACGGCAAUUGCAGGGGCUCUCCCAGCCUCCCACGAAGGGAAGAAACCCGGAACUCCUCUCCUAGGUGUGGUUUCCCAGGCAUCCCACGUGUCUGCUGUCCGCGUGUCCCCGUCAAUCAAGUUUUUCUUUUUUUCCGGGCUUGGUAGGGGGUUUAAAAUGCGGCCGCGACGUAGAGUACUCCCAUGGUGCCGCGCGACGGGCGGGUUUGGAUUUUAAAUCCCCGCGGCCAAUCAGUGGCGCGCAGGGUUUUGUAACGUUCCCAGCGCCGAGUUUGAAUUCGGGGAGGAGCAGAGAGCUGCGGAGCUUCUGCCCCGACCCUGCUAGGUCCGCUGAGCUACUCCGGGAGCAUGAGUGCGGCGGCGGCUGCAGGGAAGCUGGCGCGGGCUCCAGGUGAGCCGGGAAAGGCCGGGGCUCCUGGGGUUGCGGCUGCGGCUCCCGGGGCCACGGCUGCCGCCCCGCCGGCGAAAGAGAUCCCGGAGGUCCUAGUGGACCCACGCAGCCGGCGACGCUAUCUGCGGGGCCGCUUCCUGGGCAAGGGCGGCUUCGCCAAGUGCUUUGAGAUCUCGGACGCAGACACCAAGGAGGUAUUCGCGGGCAAGAUCGUACCUAAGUCGCUGCUGCUCAAGCCGCAUCAGAAAGAGAAGAUGUCCAUGGAGAUAUCCAUUCACCGCAGCCUCGCCCACCAGCAUGUCGUCGGCUUCCACGGCUUUUUCGAGGACAGCGACUUCGUGUUCGUGGUGUUGGAACUCUGCCGCCGGAGGUCCCUCCUGGAGUUGCACAAGCGGAGGAAGGCACUGACUGAACCUGAGGCCCGCUACUACCUGCGGCAGAUCAUCCUUGGCUGCCAGUAUCUGCACCGAAACCGGGUCAUUCACCGGGACCUCAAGCUGGGCAACCUCUUCCUAAAUGAGGAUCUGGAGGUGAAAAUAGGGGAUUUUGGACUGGCAACCAAAGUUGAAUAUGACGGGGAACGGAAGAAGACCCUGUGUGGGACUCCUAAUUACAUAGCUCCUGAGGUGCUGAGCAAGAAAGGGCACAGUUUUGAGGUGGACGUGUGGUCCAUUGGGUGCAUCAUGUAUACCUUGUUAGUGGGCAAACCACCCUUUGAGACCUCUUGCCUAAAAGAGACUUACCUCCGGAUCAAGAAGAAUGAAUACAGUAUUCCCAAGCACAUCAAUCCCCUGGCUGCCUCCCUCAUCCAGAAGAUGCUUCAGACAGGACCCCACGGCCCGCCCAAUCCAUUAGCGAGCUGCUCAAUGACGAGUUCUUUUACUUCUGGCUACAUCCCCGCCCGUCUCCCCAUCACCUGCCUCACCAUUCCACCUAGGUUUUCAAUUGCUCCCAGCAGCUUGGACCCCAGCAACCGGAAGCCUCUCACAGUCCUCAAUAAAGCCAUGGAAAACCCUGCGCCUGAGCGUCCCCGGGAAAAAGAGGAACCAGUGGUUCAGGAGACGGGUGAGGCGGUCGACUGCCACCUUGGUGACAUGCUGCAGCAGCUACACAGUGUCAACGCUGCCAAACCUUCAGAGCGGGGGCUGGUGAGGCAAGAGGAGGCUGAGGAUCCUGCCUGCAUCCCCAUCUUCUGGGUCAGCAAGUGGGUGGACUAUUCAGACAAGUAUGGCCUCGGGUAUCAGCUGUGCGACAACAGCGUGGGGGUACUCUUCAAUGACUCCACACGCCUCAUCCUCUAUAACGAUGGGGAUAGCCUGCAGUAUAUUGAGCGCAACGGCACAGAGUCCUACCUCACUGUGAGCUCCCAUCCCAACUCCCUGAUGAAGAAGAUCACACUCCUUAAGUAUUUCCGCAAUUACAUGAGCGAGCACCUGCUAAAGGCAGGUGCCAACAUCACACCCCGGGAAGGCGAUGAGCUGGCCCGGCUGCCCUAUCUGCGUACCUGGUUUCGCACCCGCAGCGCCAUCAUCCUGCACCUCAGCAAUGGCUGUGUGCAGAUCAACUUUUUCCAGGACCAUACCAAACUUAUCUUGUGCCCCCUGAUGGCAGCUGUGACCUAUAUUGAUGAGAAGCGGGACUUCCGAACAUAUCGCCUGAGCCUCCUUGAGGAGUAUGGCUGCUCCAAGGAGCUGGCCAGCCGGCUCCGCUAUGCCCGCACCAUGGUGGACAAGCUGCUGAGCUCACGCUCUGCCUCCCACCGCCUCAAAGCCUCCUCGUAGGCCCCUCCCCUCCGGACUGGUGCCCCUCAACACCCCCAGCACUGUGGGCCAGCUCCCCUGGUGUUGGUUUUUUAAUGUGCCUCCCAGCCCUGGGGGCUGUGGGGGGGAGCUGAUUCCUUGCAGGUGGGGGUUGCUAUGUAAGUUAUUUUUGUACAUGUUCAGUGUGGGUUCUGUGGCCCCUUCCCCCAAACCCACCAUAUGAAUUGUACAGAUUAUUUCUAUUGAAUUUGGGACUGUCCUUUCCUUGGCUUUAUCCACAUUAAACAUAUGUGAAUCUUCUUUUUCUUCUUGUC